AUGUUAGCAAUCACAGUGAGAUUCUCCCAGGCGGCACCCCAAGGAUACGCAACCCAGGUUGAGGCAAGCAACACGUUUGCUGCACAUGCAAGAUCUCAGGUGCUGUCUCUAGUUGACCAGCCCAGUGUCCACCGCGCUCAAGUCCUGCUCAUGCUAACAGGCCAUUCCUGGGGUGCUGGUGAGGGCAAACGUGCUUGGGUCUAUCUCGGUAUGGCGGUUCGCAUGGCUCAGGUACUUGGGCUUUUCGAAGAACUGCCCCCUCAAGCAACGCGCGACGAGUUCAUCGAUGCUGAAGAGAGGCGACGUACGGCUUGGACAUGCUUUCUUAUGGAUAGCCUCCUGAGUGGAGGUAAAGGGCGUGACAGGAUGCUCGCAGCUAGCAACAUGCGCAUACAACUUCCUUGUGACUCUGAGAGUUUCAACUUUGGUCAAGUCGUCGUUUGCGAGAGGCUAGAUGGCUCAGUACCGGACGAAGCAGGAACAGCAAUGGGCAUUCAUGUCAAAGGCAGCCUGGGCAUCGUGGCUUACAGCAUGCGCGUAGCCGACGUUUGGGGAGCUGUGGCAAAAUGGGCCUGUACGCGGCACGACAACAACGUCCCUCCAUGGCAGCCUCAAUCUGAGUUUCAAAUACUGCUUACCCGCCUUGAAGUUUGGAAGAGCUCUUUGCCGAAACGCCUUAACUAUGAGCUGUUCCUCUUGAGAGCACACAGCGUGUCCAACCAGGGACAGGCCUACUGUUACAUGCACUGCAUUUACUUCAUGAGUGUCAUCUUCCUCUACCGGUCUUACUUACCUGAGGUCGAGAUGCAGAGAGCCAGGGUGGGUGACAAGGACUGGGAUCAAUGGUCAACAUGGUCAAGCAAAGAGCUUGUGCAAGUGGCCAAGCAAGUGUGUGACAUGCUACAGGAGAUACGAGCCUUUGGCCUGUAUUUUCUUCGCGGUCUUGUACCGUGGAUUGGCUUCACCAUUUACACAGCUGUUGGAACCAUGCUCUACUUUUAUCACUUCCCCAAUCCUGGAGACACACCCCAUGAAAUCGACAAACGACGGGAACACAUUGUGGAAGGUCUUCUGUUUCUGAAAGAUAUGCGACAAGCUUGGCCUAUGGCCGAUACCUGGCGCGAGAAAAUCAAGGCAAUGCAAAUAUUCUACAGUAAUAUCAAAACCGACGGCGAUUUAGCAGUGACGCCAAGUGAAAGACGAGAGAUGCGCAACGCUAUCAUCGACUACGGCGCUCUCCAGCCCGAUCCUGUACGCCAGCCUGACGCUGAGAGCACUGAUGAACAAAGUGCGACAGAUGGCGAGAACGACCAAGCUGCAUCAAGCACAAGUGUAGACUUCAAUACCGACCCUCUCAAUUUCAUUGCCCCAGCCGAUAUUGACCUGUUCGACACGGACUUUGCAUUCGGUAGUAAUAUGUACGCCAUGUUUGCCGAUGCUACGCAGGGUUUCUGGGAGAGCUUUCCAGGAAGCAUGGACAUUCAAGGUGAUAUGAACCUUGAUCACUAA